CUUAUCAAUGUUGCCUGCCAAAUAAAAAGUUAGAAACUCGAUCAAUUCAACAAGACAUCCAUCGUCUAUUUUCACCGUCCAAUUAUUUUACAAACCAUAUGAUCUCAGGCUUUUCAUUUCCAGGCCUGUUUCAUUCUCCAUCGUAAUCUCCCAUAUUUUUAAAACAAAAAAAUAUCAAAUUUAUGUUUGAUAAAACAAGUCCAUGCCUGGAAAAAGUUAUUCUUCUGGUAAUCGGAGAAAAAUCGAGGAAGAAAAAUCAAAAGAGAUGGCUAUAAAUAACAUCAAUGGAUGGGAAAAGAAUUUAGGUGGGAGUGUUACCUAAGUUCACCCACCUUUCUUUCUUAGAGUUCACUUAUAGCUUUAUCAAACACACACCUACACUCAUCUUCUUCCCUUUGUCAAUGGAAAACUUGAUAUCACUUAACUUUGAGUGAAACCUAAUGCCUCACACAAGGAAUUUAGACAAACUAAUUUCGAUAUUAUUUCUUUGGCUCAAGAUAUGUUUCUCAAGGAAAGGACUCAAAAGAAAAAAGUGAAAGGAAAGGACAAGAAUUGAAAAAGAAAAAGAAGAGAGAGAGAGAAAGAGAGAGGAUAAGUGAUAUAUCAAUUUCCUACCUCCUCCACUUUCCUUCACUUUGCAUCCAAGUCCCCCAUUUUGCUUUCUUUUUCUACUGCCUGCCCCUCCUCCUUCAAACUCUCUCUCCUCUUUCUCUCUCUCUCUCUCUAGUCUUUACCACAUAAACACAUGAAAAAAGAGAGAAUAGGGGUACCUGCAAGAUCUACAAGUGGCAGAGGAAAAUGGGUUCUGUGGGAAACUCAAAUCAAUGGCAGCCAUAUGCUUACAAGGACUGUUCUUUAGAGAUUUGCAGCAUAUAUUGCCCUCAGUGGUGCUACAUCAUCUUCCCACCACCUCCACCUUUUGGCUAUGGCAACAAUGGCGAUUCUGGCACUGAUUUCUCCCCUCUCAUCAUCGCCAUCAUUGGAAUCUUGGCCAGCGCCUUCAUCUUGGUAAGCUACUACACCAUCAUCUCCAAGUACUGCAGGAACAGGGCCGCCACCACCUCCGCCGCCAUGGAAAUGGAUGAUGAAGAGAAUCUUGCCCAAAUCCGCCAUGAAAACCAGCUCCAAGCUCCUCCAGCAGGCCUGGAUGAGGCUCUCAUCAAGUCCAUCACGGUCUGCAAGUACAUACGAGGAGAUGGGUUAGUUGAAGGCACGGAUUGCUCCGUUUGCCUGAGUGAGUUUCAAGAAAAUGAGAGCUUAAGGCUGCUGCCAAAGUGCAGCCAUGCCUUUCAUCUUCCCUGCAUCGACACAUGGCUCAAAUCUCACUCCACUUGCCCUCUCUGCCGCUCCAACAUUUCACCCACCAAUCUUUUCCCACCCCCAACUCAAGAAAUUCAAAGAACAGAACACAUAAAUGCAGCUGCUCUUCAGUAUCAGCACAGAAGCAAUGACACAGUAGUUGUUGUAGUGGUUCAAGAUUUGCAGGAUUUAACAGUGAGCCAACAGACUGCUGUUUUGGGGAUAGAAAAUGAUGGUGCUUCCUCCAAGAAUCAAAGGCAAAGUUUUGCAUCAGUUAGUCAAGAUUCAGAGCCAAGAGAUAGAAUGAUUCAAGUUAGAGAAGAUGAUGUUGUUGGUGAUGUUGUUCAGCCAUUUAGAAGGUCAGUUUCCUUGGAUUCUUUUUCAUGGCAAGGGCAGGUUUCUGUUGCUGAUAUAUUGAGAGAAAGUCAAGAUAGUGAGGAAGAGGUAGAGGAAGAUGAAAUGCAAAUGGGAAUUGGAUCUUCAAAAGUAUUUGUUCAAGAGCAUUUCCAAUCCAAUCACAAAAAUGGGGUUUCCAACUUGGGAAUGAACAGAUCUGUUUCAACUGGGAGACUGGGUUUUACAAACUAUGAAAAAGGGAAGAGUUGCAUCAUUCCCAGUUGACAGUAGAUUUACAAACUGUACAAAAUUUGAAAAUUCUUUUACUCUUAUUUUUGUAAUAUAUUGGUGAAAUCACAGAAGAAGCCCAGAUUUAUACCAGAUUAGCAAACAGGAUGGACUUAAGUUGAGUGUACAUCUUACAAUUUACAAGCCUCCUCAAAGAAGUUACUGAUGCAUCAUAUUCGGUGAGAGCUUUAGGAAAGAGUUUUCAUAUUUUUCUUUUUCUUUUUGGGAUUUAGCUGAGAGUAACCGAUCAGAAUUGUCUGCACUCUAGUGGAGUUCUAAAAGUUUUAAACUCAAGGCAGUGUGCUUUUGAAGCCUGAGAAUUGUCUCAAUGAUUAGCACUUUUCUACUGUCAA